AUGAGAGGGAAAACCACUGUCGAAGUAGUUGUAGUCGGGAAGACGUCACAUCAACUCAUUAUAAGAAAGGAAGAGGACAAGAAGAAGAAGAAGGAAGAGAAGCCUAAGGAAGAAGUCAAGCCGAGGGAAGAAGUGAAACCAGAGGAAGAGAAGCCGAAGGAAGAGGUGAAACCUAAGGAAGAGGACAAGAAGAAGAAGAAGGAAGAGAAGUUUAAGGAAGAAAUCAAGCCCAAGGAAGAGGUUAAACCAGAGGAAGGAACCAUCCAGAUAGUGCAAUAUACGAAAAAAGGAAUACAAGUUUUCUCCACUUUGUAA